CAUAUCAUCAGUGCAUACAAACGUACUCGAAGGUAUUUCGGUCCUGAGUUUUCCGACCGUGACUAUGUUUCAGUUGGCUGGGAGUUUGUAAACUGUAAGAAGUUUCUGGAAGUUCGGAGUCCAGUUCACAACGGAUAGACAUGGGAUGCAGUGCAGCGAAGAAUUUUGCAGAAAUGGAAAAUCUUGACGGUAACCGAGAUUUAGAAAAUGGGAAUGCAAAUAGAACGGUGCCAAUCUCUCCAGGACACCCUCCUCAAAAUAAUAUACAUCAGUUGGAGCCAGAUGAUAUUCCAGCAGAGUUAUUAGAGAAUGCUACAGUCAACAAUGUUCUAAAAGGAGCUAAUGGUCUCUCUUUCGAAAUUGCUUUUGAAGAGGGUGAAUCAGAAGAAAGUAUAGUGAAGAAGCAUCCACCGAGGAGAAUAUUAGAACGAUUAGAAGAACCUCCAUCAAGUCCCGUAACGCUAGAUAAAUUACAAGAAAAAUUAGACGAAGCAGAAAUCCGGAGACAACAAAUUCUUGCUCAGAGAGUACACUCGGCAAAAAAAAUCAGUGAAAGGGCGAAGAAGCAGGAUUUAACCAACUCUUUUGCAGACGAUGAAGAUGACGAGUUUCUGAAAGUUCCUCCUCAGUCUUAGUAAUUGAAGUGUUAUUAGUUUUAGAUUCUCACGAUUUCGAUAGGAGCUGAUUCCAAAAAAGUAAUACAACCCCAUGCAUGAAUUUCUUCGAAUACAUCUAAUAUGAUUU